AUGACCUCACUUCAAUUCUACCUAAUACCGGAAGGAGGUCUGGGGGUGGGGGAUCAAGGGCUGAGAUGUGGUCCCCAAGGGGCCAGAGAUCCCCAAAAUGGUCAAGGUGGCUUAGAAGUGUGGGUUAUGGUUUUCCUUGAAGUCUCUCCCCUUCUUUGCCAGCCGAUGCCCUGUGCUCUGUCUCCCAGUCCCCAGCCUAAGGAGCUGUGGGUUCCUUAUGAAACCCCACAAGGGAGUGCUGCAGAGAAGGGAGAGUUCAGGGCAAAUGCAAAGACUGGACUUAGCUCCCUAGGUGCCACGGUCAGUUGCCGGACACGGAUUUAUAUAUAA